AUGGAGGGUUGUGAUCCAAACCGAUCUCUGGAAGGCGGACCUCCACGAAAUUCGACCCUUCUGGAGCGAGUUCCUCCUGACCGAUGGCAACAACUAGAGUUGCAGAUGCUGUUCCUGAGAGAACAGUCAUUAGAGGAAUGGGUAAUAGAACUGGAGACGCUUGUCAUGACUGAAGUGUGGUUGGCAUGCAUCCCAUCUCUACCCGUGCAUCCCACCUUAUCCCACCUCUACCCCUGCAUCGAGGGAGAGGACUACAAUGGCCCUGGACUUUUUUGGGAUGCUUUUGAUAUUGGUAUGGCACUCAGAAACCCA